AUGGAAGUAGUAUACAGUGACGACUGCCUUUUGCACAGCCCUCCCAAAGAAUUAACACGAGGUGAAUGGAAGACGUAUACCGAAUCCCCGUCUCGUCUUGUUUCCAUUAAACAGUUCAUUGAUAAGAAUACUGAGUUCAAAGUCGUCUCUCCAGAUGACUACACACUCGCACCAAUUCUGGCUGUCCACAAACGGGAGUAUGUCGAUUUUUUGUCGACAAUUUACAAAGACUGGGUCGAUGCUGGUCUUCCUAAAGACACAGUUGUGAGCGAGAUAUUCGGACAUUGUUCUAUGGUUGGACAUCUUGAACCCGAGGAAUGGAAGAAGAAGGCAUUAGAGACACCUAGUGGCCGUAUUGGACUAUAUUCUUUUGAUCUCUCGGUAUCCUUUGACAAGGAUACUUGGCUGUCAACUUACACCUCCGCUCAAAUCGUUCUCUCUGCUGCCCACCGUCUUCUUCAACAGUCCCAAACCGCCAAGACUAGUUCAAUUUAUGCUCUCUGCCGCCCCCCUGGACAUCAUGCUGCUCAUGAUGUAGCUGGAGGGUAUUGUUUUAUCAAUAAUGUUGCUGUGGCUGCUAAAUUCCUGCAGGACUAUGAAGUUAGGGAAAUGGAAGCACUUGCGAGAUUAUCAAAAGUAAAGAAAGAACAAACUUUGCCAAAGCCAGCUGUUUUGAAUAAGAACAAUAAGAGGAGAAUUUUGAUUGUAGAUGUUGAUUAUCACCAUGGUAAUGGAACGCAGGCAAUUUUUUAUGAUGAUCCUUCCGUGUUCUAUAUUUCUCUGCACGGAAGCCCCGAUUACCCUUACUUUACAGGAAGUGGGACAGAAACUGGCAGUGGAGACGGAGCUGGUUACAAUUUGAAUAUUCCACUUGAUCCAAUAACUACUACAGAUGCUAUAUACUUGGACCAUCUUGAAAAGGCCCUGAACAAGCCAGAGAUAGUUGAAUUUAAGGCUGAUAUCGUUAUAUGUUCUUUGGGGCUGGACACCUGGCAUGAGGACCCGGUUGGUGGGAUAAAGGGACUUGUGGACCCAUUGACGUACACGAAAAUUGGAAAACUCCUCAAGACAAGUGCGUCUUGUGCUAAUAUACCUGUCCUAUUUGUUCAGGAAGGUGGUUAUACAAUCGAAAGGCUCGGAGAAUUGGCCGGAAAAGUACUUUUGGGUUAUCUGUCUACAGAAAACACUACUUAG